UCUCUCUCUCUUACUCGCCACUCAUUCAUUCUCAUCUCUCUCUCUCUCUCGCUCGCUCGCUCCGCUCUUUACCUCUCGAAAACGACCCGCUAAUCGGGGACGUUAGUGUUCGAUAAGAACUCGAUCGCGACUAACGUUGGUUCUGCGCUCUCAUCACACGCUCUCGUGCGAGAGAGAGAAGGAGCUGCGCACCAGUGCGUCCGCGACUGCGACAACGAUAAAACCGCAUCGACGCGGAGGACAGCCUUUCCGCGAGAAACAGGAAUGCGGAUAGAGAUCCACGACUUGACGGGGAACGCUGUCAAGCGCGUUCCUCACGUUACUCGCCAAUAAUCGCGUCUGUCUGCGAGUCUUUCCGCAUGUCUAUUUGUCUCCCUUUUUCUCGCUCUCGCUCUUUCUCUCUCUCUCACGCGUGUUCUCGCUCGGUCGUUCAGUUUUUCGUUCAAAUCGAGGCAGAAACGAGUGAUGGACGUGUCAGUGCGAUAGGCGCACGCCUUGUUUUUCGUGACGCCACACAAACAACGACGACGACGGCGUCAUGACGCGUCUACGAGGACGAGCCUCUCUGAUGGUCAUCGUGACGAUCAGCUUUGUCCUACUGAUUGUCAUCUACCACAUACUCAGUAACGAGAUCGACGAGAUCUCAGGCAAGAUCGGCGGCCGGCCAAGAGCAGAGGACGCGUACGCUCCGGGUGAGCUGACGGACAGUCCUCAGAGCGCUGCCAGGAGGCAGCAGCUGGACGGGCAGUUCGCGGGGAGUCUGAGGAACGACGGCACUCCGCUGUUCAAGGGCCACAAGAUCGUCCACUUAGACCUGAAGGGCGCCCCGCCGAAGUUAGCUUACUACAGCUACCUGUUUCCUCUGCUGAAAAAGCUGGGGGCCACUGGUGUGCUCAUGGAGUAUGAGGACAUGUUCCCUUUUACCGAUAGCAUUGAGGAUGUCCACGCUGGCAAUGCUUACUCCAAAAAGGAUAUCGUGCAGAUUCAGAGUUUGGCCAAGAAGAACGAGCUCAUCAUCAUACCACUUAUACAGACCUUUGGUCACAUGGAGUUUGUCCUCAAGCUGGAUAAGUACAAGGACUUUAGAGAAGUGCCACACUAUCCACAGGUCUUGUGCCCUACGUAUAACAGAACUCUUCCAUUAAUAUAUGAAAUGAUCAAUCAAGUGGUAUCUACUCAUCCAAUGUCCAAGUACCUGCACAUAGGUGCUGAUGAGGUCUACCAGAUAGGAGAGUGCUCCAGGUGCUUGGAUGUCAUGGCUAAAAAGCAAUGGGGCAAACGACAGCUAUUUCUGGAUCAUGUGUCCACUGUGGUGAGGUAUAUCAAGGAAAAGUAUCCUGAGCUGACUGUGCUCAUGUGGGACGACGAGUUCCGCGAGAUCUCGCCGCAGGAGAUCAUCGACAAGGGCCUGCAUUUGAUGGUGGAGCCGGUCGUGUGGAAGUACACCACCGACCCCGGCAGCACGUUGACCGACCAGCUGUGGGAGAGCUACGCCGCGGUGUGGAAGCAGGUGUGGGUCGCCACGGCGUUCAAGGGUGCCACCUUCCCGGAUAGAUAUUACACGGACAUCUCGUAUCACAUGGAGAACCAUCAGCGUUGGUUGGAGAUCAUUCAGAAGUAUUCCAGCCAGAUUGCAUUCAAGGGCGUCAUGCUGACCGGCUGGCAACGCUACGACCACUUCAGCGUGCUCUGCGAGCUGCUACCGAUCAGCCUGCCGUCUCUCGCGAUCAAUUUAGCUAUGCUGCAGGCGUCCGCGCCGGGCAACUUUCCCGUGGAGCUGCCCCAUCAGAUAUCCGAGGCGCUGCAGUGCGACGGAAUCGUCUCGCUAAGCGUGCCGGAACCGCAGUACGGCUGGACCAAGUGCAGCUUCCACGGGGUGUCGAUAUACAACGCCAUUCUGCGUCUGUACUCGCUGACGCAGGAGAUCCUCAAGAUGGAGCAGGACAACACGUACAAAGGCUGGCUGAAGCCGUAUAACAUCAAGUACUCGUUCGCGAGCCCCAGCUACGUGGAGCGCGCAGUCACCGACUUGGAUCGGCACAAGAUGGAGAUCAUGUACAUCGAGAAGGACAUGCGCACGGCCAUGGAGGACAUCUACGACAAUUACACGAUCCAGGAAUGGCUUGAGACCUACACCGCGCCGCUGAACGAAAAGCUCAGUCAGCUGUGGGAAGCUAAGGAGAAGCUUCUGGAGAAAAACACAUGGCCGAGGAGACCUCUUACCAAGCCUGAUUUAUAGUAGGAGACGGCUACUUUCGAAUAAGUAGGCGAAAGGAUUCAUCGUGCUUUUUCGUGAUACAUAACGAGAGAGACUGAGAGAAUUUUAUUGAAACGACAUAAGAGAGAAAGGAGAACACGAUUCGUGAAGAGGAGUCUUUAAAAGAACGAACAAACAAAUAAAAAUAUGGCGUGGAUAAUCAGUGAAAUCUAGAAGAGUUUCGAACUCGUAAUUUUACAUCUUGAUAAUCGUUGUACAGAACAUGUGAUAACUUGCAAUUUGAUAAGGAAGUAAUCAAAUCAUAUUGACCGCACCGUCCGUAAAUUAGUAAAACUUGUUUGUCCCCAUGAGAACGAUUGUAUUGCACUGGUCUACAGGUAACUUGUCCUAUGGAAUUCCUCAUAAGUUUCUCAUGUAUUUUUAUGCGUAGAAUCCAAAAAUGAACAUGGAAUUUCUGUAUCACUCGCAAUUUUCUUGUCACUUAAGAUUUCAUAUAUUGUAUACGGAACAUUCUAUACGUGAAUGUAAAUUUUUUCACAAUUUGAUUUAUAAAUAAAUAAAUAUAUAUAUAUAUAUAUAUAUAUAUAUAUAUAUAUAUAUAUAUAUAUAUAUAUAUAAAGUAUUAUCAAAAUAUUAAAUUAUAUAUAUAUAUAUAUAUAUAACUUAAUAUUUUGAUAAUACUUUAUAUAUAUAAAAUAUUUAAGUAUUAUCACAAUAUUAAAUAUCAUCCAUAUUCUUCCAUUUAAGCAACAUUUUUCUAUAGAAGGUCGUCAAGAAUAACGAUUUUUCUUCUUUUACGCAAUUUUCCCUAAUUAGGUACAAGAAAUGGUAAAAACUGAUACAUUUUUUAUUUUUAAAAGAGACAUAUACAAGCCAAACAUAGCAGACAAUUACUAGUUUCUACGUAUUUAAUACUAGGUAUGCCUGUGUAUGCCAUGCCUGUAUACAUAGAGAAAAUCAGUUUUCUUGGAACUUAAAAAUCACAUCACUGAAAAAUCCUGAGUAAUAGAAUAAACCUGUUUGCAUAAACUUCUUAAUUCAGGCGUAAAAAUACUAUAUAGAUCACAAUUUUUUUAUUCACAUGACAAAAAGAUUUCUUAUUUGUAGACCAGUGUUAUCGGUUGUACUAUUUGGUAGAACAAAUAAUAACGUAUAUUCCUGACUCAGGUCGUUGGUUCUUCGGGGAAAGACGUUUCGGAGAGAUGUUUUCGCAUUCACACACGAGUGUUUGUAUAUAUCGGUGAUGAUUCUUCCUUCCCGGCACGAAAAGUCUCAAAUAGAUAAUGUGAUCCGCGUGUUUUAGCUAUUGUAGCUGUAGGAGAGUAGAUAGUGAUCUAUUGAUAAAUGCACUAGACGAUCUUUAUGAUUUUGUUGCGACAUUAGAACAAAUUAUUUAUAUCGGCGAUUUGAUCGGAUACCGCUAUUAUCCAACAACGAUUUUUAUCGUCAUUAUUAUUGCGAUACGUAACGUAUAUAUAUGUGUAUUUAUGAAUUAUGCGAAGCUGCUCGCGCAAAUCACACACGCACAGAUGGCCAUUCCCAAUUGUCGCAUUAGUAAUUGUCUUCUAAUCCUAAACACGAUUGCCAACAAGAGGCGCGAUCUGUAGAGCCAGGUUUUAUCGGUACGUUCGUCGCAAAGAUGUGUGGCGAUGAGUUCACGUUAAUUUUGCGCAUCAACCGUAUUUAUCUGCGUGCGUAUUAACGCAGUAUCUGCGAUUGUAGUAUAAGCGGGGAAUCGUGCCAUAAAAGCAGAUCAUUGCGAUAUUAUGCCAAUUAGAUGAAUUUCCGAUAGAUAGAAUAAAAGAAUUGUACAUACGAUAGGAAAGAAAUUUGGCGACUUGCAUUGACUUACUCGGAUCGAAGAUUUUACAUGAAUGAUGCGCUCUCCGAGUUUGUUGGAGUGAAAUUUCGCGCGAAAAGAGCAAAGACUAAAUCCGUUUUGAACGCUCUCGUGUUGAAAGCAUCAUUUUAUCUUCCUUCGGUAUCCAAUGAGCAAUCACUUGAAUUCAAAUAAUUUUUCAUUCAUAAAGUGAAUUCACUACUCUUAAUCGUCGAUAUGAAUAUUUUUACUCAAAAUUGAAGAGUGGAUCUGGGUUGCAUUUUAAAAUAUCUUUGAGGAAAUUUUACUCGAUACUCUAGUAUAUAUAACGCAAACUACAGGUAUUGAGUAAAAUUUUCCUCAAAAGGAACGUUUUAGAAUGCAAUCUGCUCCAUCGUCAGAGGAAUAUAUUCAUUUUAAUUGACAACAUUCGCUCACAGAAGGAAUCAGAAUUCACUCCAAGCUUGAUAAAAUAUUCCUUCUUGCGAUUUCGAAUGGCAGUAUUUUCCCGCUAUCGCUUUGAACGAAAACGCUGCCACUUUUUGUUUCGAGUAGUACUCUACUCCGAGAAAUUUAGAGAGCAGUGAAUGAAAUUUUAUUUCGAAAGUAUUUUUACGUGUCUCUAAGUUAGGCAUGGGAAGUCACAAAUAGUUCCGCGUGAUAUUUAGAUUUUUAUAUCGAGUUUUCUCGGUUUACUCUUUACGUUUCUCGACUUUUCGAUGAAUGUACCUUUUUUAACGCAAUUUUUAACGAUUCUUCCCUUAGUAAUUUUAAAUUCUCUUCCGUAAAUUUGUAAUUUAUGUAUACACGUGUUUUGCAUUAUUAUGCUCUAUUAUUAUUGUAUAAUUAUUAUCACAUUGUAAAAGUACUUUUAUUGUUAUAUAAACCCUACAUUGUAAUUAUUGCCGCAUAGUAGCCAGACGCGAUUAAUAAAUCUGUUUUUAAAUCUAC